AUGCUUAAUUUAACUAAAACAUCAACUUUGUGCACAUACGACGAAUGUACCUUCUCAGGACUGGAAGACGAUGUUACAAAACACAUGUUGAAGAAGCAUAAUUAUGACAAACUAAUGUGGGGCAGUGUUAAAGUUACCAAAAGUAAAAUCAAAGAACUAGCUUGUAAGGACUGCGACUUUAAAACAGUGUCACCCAAAAAUUUGAGCAUCAAAGUUACCAAAAGUAAAAUCAAAGAACUUGCUUGUAAAGACUGCGACUUUAAAACAAUGUCACCCAAAAAUUUUAGCAAACAUAUAAGAAAACAUUCAAAAGAUACAGUUUGUCCUUAUUGCAACUUUCGGACACGAGAAUACUACACCCUGCAAAAACAUGUGUAUAGAUCACACAAGAGUCGGAACGAAAUAGAGAAGAAUAUCGAAAUUACCAUCAAAAUAUAUUGUUGCAAUGACUGUGGCUUCAGCGACCCAGAAAAAAGAAAAUUUCUUCGGCAUCUGAAAUCUUGCGGUAAAACAAAACCCCCGACAAUUCAUACAAAACCAGUUUUAACAUGUCCACAUUGCGAAUACACGACGGAAAAUCGCGGUACACUCUACAACCACGAGAGGAAGCACACGAAAAUUCGCAAAUGUCCUUAUUGUUACUUUUCGGCCACCAGAAAUUGCAAACUGCAACUUCACGUGCAUGCUAAACAUAGGGAGUUGAAUGAUGUCGAGGGUAAAGUUGAGAUCACUUUUAAGGUUAAUAAGUGUUCAUUUUGUGCCUAUAGUACUUUGGAUAAAUAUUCAUACAAGAAGCACUUGGAGGCUUGUAAGAAGAAACAUCAGUCGAUGGAUUAA